AUGCCUGUCAGGUCAUCACGCAGUGUUGUCGUUAUAGUAAAGUGUAAGACACCACCCCACAUGGUAGUCACACCUCAUACCCAAAGAGCUGUGGAUGUGAAGCCCCCCAAAAGGCGCAGAACUGUGGAAGAUUUUUAUGCCUUCUGUAGCUAUAUCCUGGAAUAUGAGAAUUAUCCAGCCAUGAAGAAUGAGGAGGUAAGUGAUAUGAAACAAAAUAGCCCAUCUGGAAGCACAGGAAGCUUGGGCACUGACACAUCAUAUGAUAGCACCGAGAGUGGUAGUAGUCAUGGCAGCUCAACAUCUUCCAGUCCCCCUCAGCCCCGAGCCAGACGGAGCCAGCGCAUGCAGAAACCCAAAAAAUCCCCCUCUUCUGGCAAUGGAGAAUCUGAUGAGGAAGAUGAUCAUGACCUGGUGACGUGCUACUGCAAGAAACCCUAUGCCGGGAGACCGAUGAUUGAAUGUAGCAAAUGCUCUACGUGGGUUCAUCUCAGCUGUGCGAAAAUCCGCAAGAGCAACAUCCCUGAAAUAUUCCUGUGUUACAAAUGCAAGGAACCGAAGCACGAGGAAAGGCAACGGAAAGAGUGGAAUUGAGGCAUGCAGGACGAGGAAUGUGGGUGCCAUCUCGUCGUCUCAGGUUGCAUCAAGUACAAAUGGACCAUAACCGUGGGAGGGAGAGAGGGACAAGGCUGUUCUAGUCUUCACCUCAAGCAUCCUGGUGCAAUAUGUUGAUAUAAAGUUGCCAGUGUUUACCACAAAGCAGAUGGGGUUGAGUUUGAUGGCCUGCUAUGGGUCUGGAUUUUGAAGUGCAUAUUGCUCAGAUCUGAUUCAAUUGAUGGGGGUAUUUGGCAGUUGGAGACCUUCCUCUUGCUUUUCUUUUACCUUGAAAGAUGAAGAAUGACAAUUUUUUUGUUUAUCCCAAGAUGUCAUGAAUGAUAUUCAUGUCACGGGAAGUCAGGCACUUUUUCACUUGCCGUGUUCCGGUUGUGGUUGGGAGAGAAAAAUAUGCUUUCAUUAAUUCCCUCUCUUAGGUAGGCUUCACUUGCAUGCAAAGAGGGAGAAUGAGUGCUGUGCACUCCUCCCAAUUUUCUAUAUGCUUAGUCAUCCGAGAAAAUUAUUGAGCCAAGAUGAUUUUUUCAAAUAAAAGAACUUGAAGCACC